AUGGCUGCAUCAAGAAUGACACGUCGCGCUACGGCACCGAAAGAGCUGCAAGAGCUAGCACAUCAAAUAAAGCGUGCCCCCUUUUCAAAUGGAGCACCGAAAGAAAUUCCGAUGAUAAACUUGCACGAUGGCGAGGCGCAAGCAUUUCGUCACCUUGCCCACAGCAUUGUUUCGCGAACUUUGGCUCAUGAAAGCGAGUAUCACCGUAUGAAACGUCCCGAGUUGAGUCAGCGUGACUGGAAGCUGCUAAAGCGUCACAACACAUUUAAUAUAUAUAAGCGUAGAUCUUCGAGAGAACACGAACAAGGUCACGCUACUGGAAAUUCCAAGCGGCCAAUGGUUCUUUGUGUCGGGUCCAUAGCAGGACACCUUGAAGACACUCUCUAUGGUUUGCAUGCCAAGAAUCACGACGAAAUGCAGUUGAUUCUACCCUACAUGAGUAAAAAUCACGUGGACUGCGCUUUUCUGGCAAAGCUUGAGGAAGGUUUGCCGACUGAUCCAUACCGUCAACUCGCUCUAAAGUGGCAUAAAAGCGAUGCGCUAUCAGAGCCAAAGAUUAUGAAACUUCGCGAUUUGUGCAUGCUCGAGUCCAUGGGCAUCAGUACUGACGCACAGGGCGAGCGAUAUGCUUACUGUCUUUUGCAGAGUGUUGACGUCGCGGGGUGUCCUCCUCCCCCCGAAACUAGCAACGUGGUUCGAGCAAACCUGAUGUCUUGUUGCAUCUUUCGCCAGGCACCUGGAACGAAUGUCGUUAACGUAUACGCAAAAGGAAUGUUUGACUUGGGCGGUGACGUUCCGUCCUUUUUAGUUUACAGCACAUCGUGUUCUUUCAUGUAUUCAAUCAUGAAUGCAGUGGAAAGUGCAGAGUCUAAGCGUUUGACGCUCCUUGCAUUGCAAAAGGCUGAAAGUAUCAUGUCUUUACCAAUUGAGGAGAUAUCUACCUUGGAUCUAGAAUAUCACGAACUCAUUCGAAGCACGAAUAUGUCAAGUGUUUCGAAUUCAGCGUCCAGUCCAUCAGCCGAUGGUGGUUAUUUCACGCAAAAACGUAUCGAGUCUGUCGGUCGUGCUUUUCAUAAACGUGUACGUAAUAUCACACGUGGUCGAUCUGCUAGUUGUGAUGAAGUGGAUGAUGCAGCAACAGCACGUAAUGCAGUACGUAAACAAGAAGAAGCAAUCUUACGCAAAUAUCGACGUAGUAUUCGUGGAAAAAACUUUCUCGACUUGACCAUGUAUCAACAAUUGGGCUUAAGUGACAUUGGAUUUAAUGUCACGGAUGAUCAAGUGAAGAAAGCCUAUCAUCGUGUCCUUAUUGAACAUCAUCCCGAUAAGACAGGAAAGACAGAAAACGAUCCAAACUAUUUGGCCGUACAAAAAGCGUUUGCAACACUCAUGGAUCCUCAAAAAAAACGGGCCUACGAUUCUCAAUGUGAUUUUGAUGAGUGGAUUCCAUCGGGUAAUGAGAAACUUGCUGAAAAUGAUCCAAAUGGUGAUGGCAAAAGCUUUUAUCAAGUAUAUGGACCUGUGUUUCAAGCGAAUGCACGCUUUAGUGUGAAUCAACCUGUACCAAUGCUUGGUACUGACGAAUCACCUAUUGAUGAAGUGUAUGCGUUCUACGACUUUUGGAAUAAAUUUGAUUCAUGGCGUGAUUUCACGCAUGACUCGGAACAUGACGUCGAAUCAGCGGAACAUCGUGAUCAUAAGCGCUGGAUGGCCAAAAAGAAUGAUGCUGUGGCCAAGAAGAAGAAGAAAAAAGAGUAUGCACGUCUUGCGAGUCUUGUGGAUCGUGCACUUGCUGUUGAUCCACGUAUUCGUCGUGUCAAGCAGGCAGAGAAGGACCGUAAGCUUCAGGCAAAACGUGAAAAGGAAGCAGAGGCGCAGCGUCUCAUUGACGAAGAGAAUCGCAAAAAAGAGGAAGCGGAACGCGCUGCACACGAGGUAGAAGAAAAGGAGAAAGAGGCACGAAAAGACGCCAAAAUGGCCAAAGACAAGCAAAAGAAGCUCUUUCGUAAGGUCAAGAAAGCGUUUCGUGAGCUCAUGGUGGCUGCUAGCGAACAGGAAUUGGAUGGAGCUAUUGAUAUUAUCAAGACCGAGGACUUGUGUGAAUCACUUGACAUGGAAGCACUGCAAACGCUUGUCACGGUUCGCAAGAAACAGUUCAUCAAUAAGAAAAAGGCACAACAUUUUCAUGUCGUACAUCGCAGUCAACGAGACCCUAAGGCCGAUGACCCGAAUGCUUCGAAAUACGUUCUUCUAUCAUCGAAUCCACACGUCAAGAUACGCUCAGACUCGGAGUUUGACGGAGAAAACGACAAUGAAGAGGAUGUGGAGAUUGAAAGUGAUGAUGAGAUGCCAGAUCUUGUUGAUGCAGUGGCUACAAAGACCAUUGUAGCUGGUAAAAAGAGUCGAGACAAUGUCACGUUUCCAAUACGCAAAGUACGGUUUGGUGACGUUGAGGCUGAGGAUUUUGUCGAUGAAAAUGGACUACCGAGAGAUGGAUACAAUUACUUGCAGCAUAUGAAAGAGAUGGGAAAGGGGAAGUUUUACUCGGCUACAAGUCGUUUUGAUGCAGGAGAAGACGCUCGCGCGUUGUCAAGAAAAGUAGACUUACCUCAGGACGCAUUACCGAGCAUGGAGGAGCAGGAUCGACUAUUGGAUGCAAUUACUUUGACAACGGACGUCAUGGAUGAGGAUCUCAGAGAAGCGCUUGUGAAUGAUGAGGCAUUUGAACAACUUGAUGACAAUUUUGUAAUCCAGGCGGCGGAGGAGAAUUUGGAAUUUGGUACAGCCGAUGACUUUGACUAUGAUACACAUAUUGCAAAGCUCAUGAAUGCAGCGAGUGGCGUUACGCCGUUGUACCGUGGCAAUAUCACGGAUAGCGAGGAUGACGGGUUUAGUGAGGAUGACGAGGAGUUUAGCGAUGAGGAAGCCGAACAUGGCGAUGAAGGUGAGGUGCCGGAGGAUCGUGACGAGGCGCAACGCGUGCUGGACGAACUAUUUGAGAAGACGCUUGCCGAGGAGUACGACGACGAGCAGCUGGGCGAGCUGGAGGAGGACGACCCGGAGACGCGCGGCAAGGAGACGCUCGAUGGCGAGUUACUUGCUGUCGUCUUAGAGGAUUACGUAUCCGUGCAGCAGGAACUUGCUGAUGCAGAGGGCAAGCUGGGCAACCCGCUGCGUGCUGGCAACCGUCUGAAGCAAGUGCUUGAAGAGUGUGACGCAGAACGGCACGCGUAUGAGUACGAUGAAGAUGCAGAGACCGAGGAAGAGGAGGGCCCAGAAGACGAGGUGGCGCGCGCCGAGCGAGAGGAAAAGGAAUUGCAGGAGCUCUACGAGCGCAACCUGUAUCUGCAGCGCGAAGAGCGCGAGAGAUGGGACUGCGAAACUAUUGUAAGCACGUACUCGACACUUGACAACCACCCGACAGUUUUGCGAGAGGAGGCUCCGACUCGGCGCAAGAAGAAGAAACAGCCGGUAAUGGCGAGCGUUGCGAUGGGUGACGAAAUAUGCAAGCAGAAGGUGACAUUAUCACGUAAGACAGGCAUGCCACUUGGUGUAUUUGAGGCAGCAGCACCGUUUCGAGCCAAAGGCAAUAAACAGCAGGAGCCGGAGAUGAGUCGGAGGCAGAAGGGCGAGACGACGGAGCAGAAACGUGCACGCAAGGCUGCCGUCAAGAUGGAAAAGGUGAUUCGACGCAGUGAAAAGAGAGAUACCAAGUUGGCGUUCAAGGAGGAAGAAGCACGACAAUCGACGCAAAUGUUGGCAGGUCGCGUCUCCAUCUUUAGGUACUGA